CAGUAAUCAAGUAGUAAAAAAAGCCGACAAAUGUCCCAUAAUCCGAACUAAACAAAGAAAUAAUAUUUUAACAAAAUGGCGACCCACGCAAGACAUGGUUCGGGCUGGCCAGUAAAACGGCAUCCUUCCUCGGAAUCCCACGCCGCCAGUAAUGAACAAAAGCCAGGAAGCCCAAGAUUGAUAAACUUGUAUCCCCUUACUAACUACACAUUUGGCACCAAGGACCCACUUUACGAGAAGGAUGCUUCAGUUCCAGCCAGAUUUCAGAGGAUGCGUGACGAAUUCGACAAGUACGGAAUGCGAAGAUCUGUAGAGGGAGUGCUCAUUGUUCACGAACAUGGGCUGCCUCAUGUUUUGCUGCUCCAGUUGGGAACCACAUUUUUUAAACUACCUGGAGGUGAGUUACGCCAAGAUGAGGAUCAAAUUUUGGGUUUGAAGCGGCUACUGACAGAGACUCUGGGGCGGCAGGAUGGGGCUGCCAUGGAGUGGACGGUGGAGGAGACCAUCGGUAACUGGUGGAGACCAAACUUUGAUCCCCCACAGUAUCCUUAUGUUCCUGCUCACAUAACCCGGCCAAAAGAACACAAGAAGCUGUUCCUAGUGCAAUUACCUGAAAAAGCAUUGUUUGCUGUUCCGCGCAACUACAAGCUGGUGGCUGCACCAUUGUUUGAGCUGUACGACAACUCCACGGGAUAUGGACCAAUCAUCUCCACUUUGCCACAGACACUUAGCAGGUUUGAUUUCAACUACAACUAAACCAAGUGACAGAGAGAACAAGUAUCUUAGUGGUUUGGUGACAAGUUUUGUGGCAGCUUCAAUCAAUUUUGAUGUUCACAGUCAAUGCAACUGAAGUGUCAUCUGCAGCAGUCAAACUUGAGAAUGAAAGUGAUACAGUUUUGUAAUGUGUACAUAAAACUUAUCAGUACUGAGUAUUGUUAUCGUCCUAAUUGUCAUCAUCAUCAUGAUAGUGUGUUCCCACGCAACUGGUUCUGUUGCAAGAAACAUUGCUGAUUGCUUUGUGUUUGUUGUAAAAUAGGCACGUUUUAUGUAUGUGUUUUAUACUAUUGAAGCAAAAUCUGUCUAAACAUGUAUGCAUCUCUUGACAUUGCACAAGUUUUUGUACAAAACGUUAAGAAAAUUCAAUAUGUUAGAGUGAAAUGUUAUAAGGAAGAAUUUUAAGUACUUUUUUGCUUUGCUUCUUAACACCUUUUUUUCAAACAUUGUACAAAUUCAUACUAAUAGUAACUGUUUUGUAUGGUUAGUACUGUCAUACAUCGUAUUAAAAUCAUGAACAUGUUGUGUUCUUUGAUUUUUACUGGAAGCAGAUGAUUUUUAUGCAAAUAGAUAUUUAUGAAAAAAUAGAUAUAAAAGUUUUGCUGACAUUUUCAUUAUUUGAAUACCUUUCAGUAUUCUACUUUUUCUUGCUUUUUUAACAGGAUCAUAUUUGUUACUUCUUGUUGGCUAAAUACUUUAAAGGACCUUUUCACAGAUUUUGGCAUGUAUUGAAGUCUGUCAUUCUAUGCUCUAUACAUGUAUUGAUAAAUGUAAACAUUGGUUCUAAAAAGCUCCAGUUAAAAAACAAAAACAUAAUUAAAGAAAGAAAAAAAGGUAACCGUAAACUGGGCUCGAACCACUGACCCCUGGAGAAAAAGGCCAACGCUUAGACCACUCGGCCAUCCAUGCUCAUUCAAUGAGUGAUGUAUUUUAUACUUUAUAUAAACAAUCCUUGUAGUUUCACAAAAUAUAAUGACAACAACAGAAUCUCCAAAUUAUUCAAGCAUUUUUCGAUGCAGCACUUUAUCAUUUUUUAGGUUUUUAAUCAUCAAAAGAUGCAUAUAAUGUAUAUUUUAAGUCAUGGUUAAUGUUCAGUAUUACUGUGUCCUCACAAAUAUAAUGACUACAACGAAAUCAGGGAAUCUGUAACAAUAUUUUUAUGUUUUGUUAACCAAAACGUGAAAAGGUCCCUUUAAGUGGAAUGAAGGGAUUUUGAGUAUAAUUUUGCCAAAUUUGCUUAAUAAUCUAAAAAAUACAUGAGCAAUAUCAGUAAAAACAAAUACUGUAGCUGAUCUGCAUAACUGGAAUUAAUGUAUUCGUUAAUAGAUUUUUUUUGUGCCUCUUAGCUUCGGACAUUCUAAGCACCAAUGUCACUUAAGAAUUGUUUUUACAUUAAAGUUUAAACUUGACCUACAAUAUAGGGGAAAAAAGUUGUAUUAUUUAUUUAUUGGAAAAAAAAACAAGCAAUAACUUUGUGAUUUUGAAUAAAGAUAUAUUUUGUU